AUGUCUGAAAGAAGACCUUUAUUUUGUGUUGAAGUCCUCUAUCCGGUUCUAAAGGUAUGGCAUAACUAUAAACGUACAAACACAACUAUCGAUUACAUCGACCUUCUCGAGGCAACUAUUCCUGGUGGAUGUUUUGUGUUCAGCCAUGAGGAAAGUGUUUGGAAAGAGGUUGACGACAACCUAGCUAGAAUUGCAGACUUCAUGGCUCAGCUAUAUAGAAAAUCAAAAGGACGAUAUCAGCAAGAUGUUGAUGAUAAAGUGAAGAAAUUUCAUGUAUUUCAGGGACAAAACAAAGAAGUAGCUAAAUUCAAGGCUGAAAUUUCAAAAGUAAAAGAUGAAUUGGAAUUUCAGUCAACCAAAUUGCAAGAAGAGAUUGACGAUUGGCGUAAACACGAAUACAAGUCGUUUCGCCCCCAAGUCGAUUCGCCCCAAGUCGUUUCGCCCCCAAGUCGAUUCGCCCCAAGUCAUUUUGCCCCAGUGGCUAAGUCGAUUCGUCUCAACAUUUCGUUGCCAAACAACUUCAAAUGAUGGAUUAAUUAAAAAUAUAGUCAAGAAUACACAGACAUAUAAAUGUUGUCAUUGUCACUGAGUAACUAUUUGCAAGCUACCGUUACGCGUGCGAUUUUUUUCAUGAAUGUUUACGUUUCAAACAUUUUAUAUUGUCUGUUUCAUUCCAUACAUAUUUUGAAAGAAUGGUAUAAUAACGGGAUUGAGCCAUUUUUCUAUUUAUAAUUUGAUAUUCUUUCGUUUUGAAAGAAUAUUGUUUCGUUCGCCCAUUGUAAAAACUAAUCACUGGGUUGAUUACAGACUUUGUCAAACCUUUUCGCGCUUUUGUUUUCGUUUGAAAUGUUACGUAGUGAAUAGGUUUUUGUGUGUUUGCCGUUUGGUCCAUAUGUCCACAAUACUCGCGUUUGUUUGUUUGUAAGAGAUAUUAAAUUCACUAGCUAACUUGGGGGCGAAACGACUUGGGGCGAAGCGACUGGGGGCGAAGCGACUUGGGGGCGAAACGACUUGGGGGUGAAACGACUUGGGGGCGAAACGACUUGGGGGCGAAACGACUUGGGGGCGAAACGACUUGGGGGCGAAACGACCGGUUACCAUGAAAACCUUGAACAGGAGAAAGAAAAUCUGUUUAACACAAUGGAAAGUACAUUGAGAGAAAAAGAUAGGGUCAUUGGUCAUUUAAACAUACAUCUAACAAUGAACUGAAACAGUAUAUAGAAAAUCUUGAGAAGCAAUUCGUUUACCCAAAGCAAUACCAAGGGAAAACAGUUUCUGAAAGUAAAAACAAGAGCAGGACAAUAAAAAAUUUCUUGUCUAGAGCUGAAGUUGCACUUUGGUUGAGUGAAGCAUUUCGAAUUGAAAUAGAAGCACUCCAUGUAAAUGAACCUGACACUGGAGCCAAACGCUUGCUGUACUUUUCUGUGAAUAAUAGGGAGUCUGAAAGUGUGCCAGAACAAAAAAAUUCAAGGUACAGCUCCCUUGACGAGAAUGAAAGAAAAAAACAAAUUGAGGAAAUUUUAUUUUUACUAGAUAAGUUCUGUGUUCAUGGCGACAGUUUUUAUCAUGAGCUAUCCAUGUUACACCAAGGACUUCCAAGGUCAUAUUUAAUCAAACAAUGUGGAGAUGACUUGAAUGCAAUGUGUCACAUUGAUAGACUUCCUGGUAGUUCUGAAGGGGCUAAAGUCCACUCAAUUAGAGAAGUUAUUGUUGAACAUGUGAAAGAAUAUCUUGCAAAGUUAGAAAAUUUUGAUUAA